CGCUAUAUAAAGCUACCGGCGGCCCCGGGUACGCCGAGAAAACAGCUCUCGCCUGUCUGUGUUAUUCGACAGCGGCAGUCUCCAGACACCCCUCUUAUCUUGUCUCUGGACCGGCGGUUCAUCGCAGAAGUCUCCGAGUGUUCAGGGCAGCUAUGUCUCGCUCCGUCGACAUCCCCGUGAACUCCACGACGCAGACCAGGACGGAGGUGAAGAAGUUUCACCGUGUCUUUGAGGGUACCAGCGCUUCCGACGUCAGGCGUCAGAUGGACGAAUUCGCCAAGGAGUUCCCGGACUGCAUGCGGUACCUGGAUGGCAUGUUCCCAGAGUCCUCGCUCCUGCCGUCGUCGGCGUACAACGGUGCUCCCAGGCCCGAGAGGCAAGAGAGCGUCGUGAAGGAGGUCAAGGUACUGCCCAGUACGGACAAAGACAAGAUCUCGGUGGAGAUCGACGUCGAAGGCUUCAAGGCGGACGACGUGACGCUCAAGGCGGUCGGAAGGCAGCUCAACGUCAGGGCCUUCUGUGAGCACACAGAGGGGGACACCAAGAUUCGACGCGAGCUCAGGAGGAACGUGGUGCUACCCGAGGGCGUGGACGUGGAGAAGAUCGCCUGCCGACUCACUGCCGAGAACAAGCUGGUCAUUGAGAUUCCACUGCCCGUCGAGAAGAGCAAGGGUGUCGAGUACGUGAUCCCUGUCCGCUGCGAGAUCGCCCGCAGCGUCAGCAAGGAGGGAGAAGCCACCACAACCAAGACCGUGGAGCGAUGAAAACUUGAACGUGGCAUUGUGAUCUCGACCCCUACUUUUUUGUUUUAUCCAGAACUUUCGUGCAUUGUAUUAUAUACGUGUAUCAGAUGAGAAUGAAUUAUUUAUUUAUGGGGA